AUGCCAGACUCUCAGCGAUCGCGGUCACCACUUUUGAAGUCUUUAUCUUCAAAAGAUUUAAGGAACAAAUCCCAAACACGAUCUGCGUUUACAAAACAGCCAUCGAGUGACCAUCAAAACUUUUCGGCCGAUGCAGCAUUGUUUCAUGAGUUGGACAAUCUAUUGAGUAAAAAAUUGCAUCUGGCUGAUUCAAACGAGCUACAUCAUGAAAUUAAUGGUGAAAGACACUUUGGAGACUCUCCAAACAAUGAUAUUGAUAAUAAUAACGGUAAUAGUAGUAACAAUAAUAACAAUGAACCCACAGAUCUUCUGGACGAUGCUAGCGGAAGUGAGGAAGAAGAAGAUUCAGAAUUUGCUAAUGUUGACGAGAUUGACGGCCCAAUCUCCCCGAGCUCUAGUUCAGGAAGUCUAAAAGACUACUUUCAUAGUCAUGAACCUUAUAAUGGAACUGGCUCUCCAAAACAACAGUACAGUCCUAAAAGUGAAUCAACAGAUUCGGACAAAAUUAUAACAUCAGAUGAUAUGAAUAAUGAGGAGGAUAACAAUCUACCGGUAGAUGAUGCACUUAAGAAGUUACUACAACAAAAGGCAGAAGAGAUUGAAAGAGGAACUUCAUCACACUCAUUUACAAAACCAACUUUAGACUGGGAGAUCUCUGAUUUCUAUUCCCUAUAUCAUGAACUAUCUGGAUGGUUUAUUCAGAAAGAUUAUGGUUCCUUGAAAUCAACAAUGGUAUGCUUCCAAAAAUCAUAUGAUACUAAAAAGUUUGUUGAAGAAUAUAGCUAUGCUAAAAAUGUCGUCAAAGAGCUUGGUGCUAAGUUGGAAAUUAACUCUAUGGAUAUUCGUAGUCUGCUUUCACUUGCAUAUAUAAGUUUUGGAACAUUCCAAGAAACUUCAAGCUACUUUCACCAUUUGGAUAUCCUACGAAGGAAUAACACAUUACUAAUGCCCAUCUCGAAGAUUUUACUGGAGUGCUUCAAGAAGCAUGCUGAUUGUUGCAGAACAAAAAACUCCAAUUUACAACAGUAUAACGCUUUGUUGUUUUACUCGGGAUCUAUAUUAUUUUUCAUGAUUAAUAUUGGGAUCGAUCAAAGAAAGAAGCAAGCAAAAGUUGUUGAGAAUUUCAUUAAUAGCAUUGAAGAAGCAGAUUUAAUGCUCUUUCUAACAAAGUAUAUCGACCAUUGGAGGUGGAAGAGUAGACUCUCGAUGAGAAUCAGGAACAUAAUAAUUUUGCUUCAUAAGUUGAUACUAUUACAAUUUGGAGAUGAGAGCUAUUACGAUGAUACCAAAGAGUUUGUAAAGAAGCACCAUGGAAUCAAAAAGAAAGACCCAAAUUCUUGUAAUCUCUCUGUUUCCCCACUAGAGUAUAUUGCAUUUCGCGAAGAUAUUACUUCGAGAUAUCCUUCUUCUAAUAUUCCAAAAGGUGAUUGUCCAGAAAUAAUGGAUAAUCCAAACUCACUUUCACAGUUUUUAGAAAUUCCAAGGCCUCGCUCUCGUUCAACCUCAAAUCAGUCAUUAGGUGAGCCACAGGUACAUAUAUCUACACCCGCACCUUCUCCACCAGCAUCUCCAACGGCCUUGAAUGGCAUGAAGACAAGGAAGUCGUUCCAAGCUAACUUAUCCUUUCCAACUUUUUACCCAUCUUCAGGAGAUUAUGAUAAUGGAGUUAUGGAUGAACUUAGCCACAAACUAGAUAUAGCUGUGGAUGAAACAGUUUUACCUUUUAGUAUGCAGGAGGCAAUUGAAAUUUUGUCCAAAUCUGUGCAUAUCAAAUUAUCAACUAAACAACUAUGGCAUGAAAGAGAAUUGUUUAUGAUCCAAGAAAGAGGUUGGUGUAAUAAUGAUUCUGGAUUGCAAAAUGAUCCAUUUGACUACAGUCUUAUCCACACACAAGAAGCAAGCACAAUGAAACGAAUCGAAAAAUACUACGCAGAUGCCUUACCCUUGUUUUCAUCUUUAGUAUAUGUGCUUUUGGAAACAAUCGAAACAUGUGCAUCUAAUAAGGUACACUUCGAAAAAGAUUACACAGAAGAAGAAAUCAAUGAACUUCAACCACAGUUGGAAUUGAUAAGGUCGAAGGAAAUAGCCAUGGAAUCUAGCUGUGCAAUUUUAUUUUUGCUUCUAAAAUGGUUUAAACUAAGCCACUGCCUGAAGUUUGAGUAUCUUUGUUCUUUGAUUUAUGACUCUAAGUUUAUCAUUACUGGAGUGAACGCUCUCUACAAAUUCACAGAAGAGUACCAAAACAAAAUAUUCAAUAAACAUUUACAACCAACUCACUCUUUUUGGAGCGAAUGCUCUUUGUUCAACAUACAAUAUAAAGAUACCCUGGAAAUUUCAAUAUCUGGGGAACAGAACAAAAAUUUGAACAUUAGAAUGCUAAACUCUGAGGUUUAUAUUUUAAGGAUCUUAUCAAAAAUCACAGGAAAAAAAACGCAGAGACUCAAAGACUUACCUCUGAAUAUUAGCGGAAUCUUUAAAUCUCUAUACUACGUUUUCAAUCUGGACAUUUAUCACCCAAUUUUAAAAAUUGUCCACGAGCUUGCCCCAUUCAAAAACAAGAGAUGGCGAGCUGACCAUAUGGAUUUAGUGUCUGGGGUAUUCUUACAUGAAAAACUCUCACUAACAGAGAAUUGGAUUACUGGAAAAGAUAUAACUGGUGAGAUCAACGAUGCUUACGGCCAAGAAAUAGCGUUGAGAGCCAUGUUACAAUUUUAUAACUUUUACCACUAUAAAAAAUCCAUGAAGGAUUGCGGAUACGACGAUAGAACGUCAAAUUCAUUCUUUUCUCGGGAAGCUGAACUAAUUUCUGCGCCUUAUUGA